AUGAGAUCCGGCUACCACUCCACACGACCCCUGGCCCUGGUAACAUACAAUGCACGCACAUUGAGGACGGACGAAAAGAUAGUUGAGCUGGAAGAAGAAUUGAGCAAAUUACGAUGGGAUGUCAUAGGGUUAUCAGAAGUCCGAAGAGAGAGGGAGGACACGAUAACGUUGACGUCUGGUAAUUUGUUCUUCUACCGGGAGGGCGACCAACAGUCCCAAGGUGGAGUCGGGUUUAUCGUCCACAAAUCUCUCGUCAACAACAUCGUAAGCAUCGAGAGUGUGUCGAGCAGGGUAGCGUACCUUAUACUCAGAAUAUCUCAAAGAUAUUCGCUGAAGGUCAUACAGGUUUACGCACCGACCUCGGCUCACUCCGAUGAAGAAGUGGAGAUUAUGUAUGAGGACGUAAGUAGAGGUAUGUAUACCUCGAAAACACACUUCAAUGUUGUGAUGGGAGAUUUCAACGCAAAGUUGGGGAAGAGAGGCGAUGAUGAGUUGAGAGUGGGGCAAUUUGGGUUUGGGCAACGUAAUCCGAGGGGCCAGAAACUUGCUGAUUUUCUGGAGAAGGAAGGACUCUUUAUGAUGAAUUCCUUCUUCCAGAAACCGAAUCACAGGAAGUGGACCUGGCUGAGCCCGGAUGGAAGGACGAAAAAUGAGAUAGACUUCAUUAUGACCACGAAGAGACAAAUAUUCAAAGAUGUCUCUGUGAUCCAUAGGGUGAAAACCGGAAGCGAUCACCGAAUGGUACGAGGCAUCUUGAAUAUUAAUGUCAAACGUGAAAGAUCACGUCUAAUGAAGUCUACGCUCCGCCCUUGCCAUGCCCAGAUCCAAAACCCCGAAAGCUUUCAACUGGAGCUCCAAAAUCGCUUUGCUUGCCUCGACAGUAGCGUCUCUGUGGACGAUCUAAAUAACAGGCUGGUAGAAACUAUCCGCGCGGUUGGGUCCCACUUUAAAACCCGUAAAGUAAAUCCGCAAAAACUCUCGGACCAAACUCUGAAACUAAUGGCAGACCGGCGCUCUAUGCCACUGCGCACAUCUGAAGAUGCUAAGUCAUAUAUGCAGCUCAAUAGACGGAUAUCUAAAUCUCUGCGGCACGACAUUCGCUCCUUUACUGCUUCAAGCAUUGAGGAAGCGAUUAACUAA